GUCAGGGGGGUCCUCAAGGCUGGUUGUUGCGUCUUGCUCAGCAUCCGCACCCGACUUGAGCUCGAGACAGGAGUGUGCUGAAGGAAGCGCAAUAGCGAGAGCAUCCUUGAGAAGACACUGAAUCACAACAAUAAUUUCGGACUGAGGAAAAUACGACGGUCAAACUUCGUCGCCUCCUCGCCCGGCUGAUAUAGCCUACUGACCAAAAGAAAAAGCGCAGGGACAAUAUCAUUCAUGGAAAUAAAUUAGAAGCCUGCGAGUUUAAUUUGUUGUUAUUUUUUAUUUUUGGGGGACAACAGCCUUUUGAACCACAAAAUGGCUGAGAUAACCAAUUUAAGACCAGCAUAUGACGUGUCCCCGGUGCUGGCGGGCUUCCUGGGUGCCGGGGUCCUGGUGGUCUCAGUCACGGUGGCCGUCUUCCUCUGGACCUGCUGCCAGCGUCGCUACCGCCAGAUGAUGGGCAGCUACAAGCUCCAAUCAGGACCCUGCGACCAGGCCGUGGAUCCGCCCUACAAGUUCAUCCACAUGCUCAAGGGAAUCAGCAUCUACCCGGAGACACUUAGUAACAAGAAGAUAGUCCGUGUGAGUCGACGCCCGGGCUCCUCGCGAAAUGGCGGCGGAUCCGGCGUCGAGUGGGGUCGUAAUGGUGAGCGAGGAAGAGGGGGAGGAGGAAGGGUGAUGCUAGUAGACGUCGACCCAGAAACGGGCCUGCUCAACAGCUCCACCAACCUGCAGAUGAGCCACCUACUGCCCCCUGCUGGACAGCCUAGGUUAGAACAGGCACUGCCCAUCCGCUCCGACUACUGCUGCCUGGAGAGCAGCUCCAGGGGUAACAGCAGUAGCAGUAGCUGUGACGCCAGCAAGAUAGCCUCGCCCUUUACCCCGUGCCAGGGGGAGGGAAACACCAUGCCGCCCGCUGCCCUAGGUACCCUCAGCCUGGUCGUGGACUACAACUUCCCCAAGAAGGCGCUGGUGGUGACCAUUGUUGGCGCCCAGGGUCUGCCCGCCGUGGACGAGCAGGCGGGUAGCUCGGACCCCUACGUGAAGAUGACCAUACUGCCAGAAAAGAAGCAUCGGGUCAAGACCCGCGUUCUGAGGAAGACCCUGGAGCCAGUGUUUGACGAGACGUUUACGUUCUACGGCGUGGCCUACAGCGCACUGCCUGACCUCACGCUGCACUUCCUGGUGCUUAGCUUUGACCGCUUUGCCCGUGAUGAUGUCAUCGGGGAGGCGGCGGUACCCCUGGCAGGGGUGGACCCCAGCACGGGACGAGUCCACAUCACCCAACAGAUCAGCAAGAGACACAUCCAGGGACACGCCACCUCUAACCAGAUGGCUGCGGUCCGUUGUCUCUGUGCCCUGCCACCGUUCCAGGCCUCARAAAGAACCAGAUUGCCGUGGUCCCGCUGCCACCACUGCAGCUUCUCAUCUUCUCUCUCUGCCAGCAACAACCUCACACAUCUCCACCUGCUCAGCCAGUUACGAGCCUGCCGCCCUCCAAGCUGCGACCCUGUCCCGACUGCCUCUCGGUUCCAGUCUUCACUGCCGGCCGUAGCCCUGCCCCGCCAUCCGGCCCACCACCCCCUCUCUAAGGCCACCCCAGCUCAUCCUCCACCCCCGAUCUUCAACGCCCCGAUCUUCAAUCCGCCUCCAGUCUCUUCCGCUCUCUGCCAGCAGAUCCCACAAGGUGCAGAUGUUAAUCCUACCGCUCUCCUCACUCCUUCUCCCACCCAGGCCUUACCCCUCAUCGUGGACUGUGGCCUCAACCAGAGAGGUCAUCUGCAUCCUUCUCACCGCCAGGAGUUGGACGACUACRGACCAACCAUCGUGGAUCUGGCUGUCCGUUCUGGUGACGUACCCUUUUACCCUCACCGGUUAUCGUCAGCCACUGCCUCCAGGCUCCUGCAGGGGGCGCCCUCGACGUGGAGCUCUACUGUUGCAUCUUCCCUGGAAAGGUGUCCCUCGCCUGCGACCUCUGUGGCUGUCCAUCCCACCCUGCCACCAGGACUUGGACCUUAA